AUGGCGUUCCCCAUCAACGACGUUGUGGUGGAGGUGGUGGCGUCGUUAGACGGAGGCCGGCAAGAAUUCACCGAAGAAUACCGCUGCACGCUCCUUCUCGACUUCGACCUGGGCUCAUUGUCAGUGCAAGAAAUUACCUACUCGGCGAUCGACUUUGUGCUGCCCGGGCGCGGUGAUAUCCGUCAGGGGAUUGCUCUAAAAAGAGCGGCCGGCGUUGAGAGCUAUGUGGUGCGCUUCACAAUCCGCCACCCAGAUGAAGAUACGCUUGAGACAAUUUAUGUGACGCUGGAGAGCAUGAAAUGGGGCAACAACGUGAUGGAACUCGAUGACGAUGAUGGUGAUGUCGCUGUUGUUCCGCACGAGUCGUCCGACGGCGAGCACACGGAUUCGUUUGGGCCGGAAGGUCCGACACGUGCUCAGGUUGCCGUUCUUACGCAGCCCGCUGCCAAUGCGCGUCGAAUUUUGCCCGGCAAACCCUCGAAUGCCGCUGCCUUGGCCACCGUUAUUGGUGGACCGAGCAAGAAGCUCAAAACUUUGUUGGCCGAGGCAGAACGACGAAAGCUAGUGAAUGGAGGCCCUAUGCGCAACUUUGGCAUCCCCGGAACUGGCCCGCUGGCGGGACCUUCCGGGAACGACACGCCAAAGCUCGCCGACACUGAUCCAUUCCAGAUUGCGAAAUACCUGAAUUCGUCGCCCGGAGUUGCGAGCCAUUCGAUUAGAGGGCGAGGAGGAAGGGGACGAGGACGCUACCAAGGACUCACUGAACUCAUCAGACAGCAGCAAUUAGAGCAGUCCACCUCAACGGCAGUCGCAAUGAACGGAGCCAGCCAAAACAAUGACGGGAAAACGCUGGCAGACAUUCUCAACACUGUGGCCGCCACCACAUACGUGGAUCAGUCGACUCAAACGGAUCGCCCGCUAACCCCGAAUCAUUUCGGAACGGCCAUCUCUACACAAACGGAUCCC